ACUAUAAUCAGGAGGACAGGGUAGUGCUUUGAACCCAACUCAAUACAAGCAUAAGCUGACAGAAGACAUGGGAAUAGCCGCCCAACUCCAUGCCCCCAAAACAAAAUCCUUCAUUGGAACUAUCAUCUUCUUGUACAAUGCAGAGGCCAGCAAGUCCUUUCACUUUAUUAUAUAUACAUGCACCAUUAAACAAAUUUCAAGUUUCUCAAUCAAAUUGACUUUCCUUAUUUACAACAUUCUUCUUCUUUUCUUUAUUCUCUUGUUUUCAUGGCCACCUUCCUUGCAACCCCCACAUGUCCUAUUGCCACCCUCCCCACAACCCCCAAAGUCAGUCUUCCUACUUGCCAGCAGAAGAGCUUUUCCACCAAUAUUCUAAUGCAGGGAGGUCCUUUCUUUUUUGGGCUAAAACAUAUCCCAAAAAUCCAAUUGCCAAAGGCAGCUAACAUCUCUUCUACCAGGUCUAGGUGCUUCAGGACUACCAUCUCUUGCUCUGCUGAACCUGAAACCCUGAAAGUAGUCCAGAGCACAAUUGCUAACCAAUUGUCUAUUGAAGUAAGCACAGUUACUCCUGAAACCAAGUUUGCCGACUUGGGUGCUGACUCCCUUGACACGGUGGAAAUUAUGAUGGCAUUGGAAGAACAAUUCGAUGUGUCAAUUGGAGAGAAGGGAGCUGAAAACAUUGUUACUGUACAGGAUGCUGCAGAUCUCAUUCAGAAAGUGCAGGCAGCUUCUGCUUGAUUACAUUUGGUCACAUAGUACACUGAGAACAGAAGAUCCAUUUUGAUUAUUAAUGCUGCUGCAAGUGAAUUCCCAACGGCUUAAUUGGGAUGUGGCAAUUUUAUUUUCAUUUUUUGUUUCCACUUAUAUCCUAUGAGUUAUUUGUUUCUUCUCUUCAAGGGAAAAAAAGGUCUGAUUUACUUUGAGUACUGAUAAAUAAGACAAAACUCAGUAUCUAAUUUAUAAGA